GCAGGAGGACGGAUCUCCCGCUCGCUGCUUCAGACCAACACAAUACGAAACUCUCGCUGUUUGUUUUGUUGUUCUCAGCAUCACGUUCGUUUUCUGGUCGGUUCGCACGCGACAUGUUUGUUCCUCUGCAGACGGGAAAGUGUGAAAGUUAAAAACGCAUCAUGGGGUGAGUGAGACCUGUGAGGAAGAUGCUGGUCCGGUGAUGAAGGAGCGUCGUGAUCAAACUCACAGCAGGUAACCAUGGUGAAGGAGCGUCUGCCCAGCUGGGUCCAGCAUCAGGACUCUGAUGAAGGUCUGGUCCACGUGAACGUUGGCGGUCUGAAGAGGAGCCUCUGCUCCAGCACGCUGAGGAAAUUCCCAGACACCCGACUGGGGAAACUGCUGUCAUGUGACUCGGAGGAGGACAUUCUGCAGGUGUGUGACGACUACGACGUGCAGCAGAAGGAGUUUUAUUUUGAUAGGAACCCGGGUUUGUUUCCUUACGUCCUCCACUUCUACCAGACGGGUAAACUCCACAUCAUGGAGGAGCUGUGUGUCUUCUCCUUCAGUCAGGAGAUAGAGUACUGGGGCAUCAACGAGUUCUUCCUGGACAGUUGCUGUAGUUUCCGUUACCACGACCGUAAGCUGGAGAGCAGCCGCCAUCGCAGCUGGGACGACGAGAGCGACGUCAGCAGCGUCGACACGUCGGUGGACGAGAUCUCGGAACUGAACAGAGACAUGCUACAUUUCCAGGAGGUGCGUUACGGGAGCAUCAGGAAGUGUCUGUGGCUGACCCUGGAGAACCCGGGGUACUCCAUCCCCAGCAAGAUCUUCAGCCUGGUCUCCAUCGGGGUGGUGCUCACCUCCAUCGCCACCAUGUGCAUCAACAGCAUCCCGGAGUACCAGACGUUUGACGAUGAAGGGAAGGUGAUGGAGGAACCCACCAUGCAGGCUCUGGAGGUCUUCUGCACCUGCUGGUUCACCUUCGAGGUGGUGACUCGGCUGCUGCUCGCUCCGAACAAGAGGAAGUUCUUCCAUCACCCUCUGAACAUCAUCGACUUGGUCUCUGUGGUUCCGAUCUACAUCACUCUGCUGUUCGACAUCACUGUGGGAUCAGAGUCUGAAUUGGGAGAACUGGGACGACUCAUACAGGUGUUCAGGUUGAUGACGAUCUUCAGGGUUUUGAAGUUGGCCCGACACUCUACAGGUCUCCGGUCUCUGGGAGCGACUCUCCGGCACAGCUACAGGGAGGUCGGGAUUCUUCUUCUCUAUCUCGGCGUCGGAGUUUCCGUCUUCUCUGGAAUCGCGUACACGGCCGAAUACGAAGAGGGCGUUGGUCUGGACACCAUCCCGGCCUGCUGGUGGUGGGGGACGGUCAGCAUGACCACAGUCGGCUACGGGGACGUGGUGCCCGUCACGGUGGCCGGGAAGCUGGCAGCCAGCGGCUGCAUUCUGGGCGGAACUCUGGUGGUGGCGCUGCCCAUCACCAUCAUCUUCAACAAGUUCUCCCACUUCUACCGGAGACAGAAAGCUCUGGAGGCGUCGGUGAGGAACAACCACCGCAGGAAGAUGAGGAUGAGCUGCGACAACGUGCCCGAGGAGGACGAGACGGACGACAUGGAAGACGACAUCGACUACGAGGACGACGGAGGUGUGAUCAACUACAGCUACGUGGAACAUCCGUCCUACUCGUCCGUCCUGAGGAGGAAGGAGCUGCUGGAGCUUCACAUUUAAACUCAUUUAAAGUCAUAUCUGACAUAACGGAGGAGGAACUGUGGAUUAUUAAUAACUGAAGAAUUGAUCAGAUGCUUCCAGAAGAGAGAGUCGGAGGUUCUGACAUCACUUCCUGUUUGUCUUUUUCUGUGGACGUCGGUUUGUCUCUGGAUGGUCGUUUGUCCACGUUGUCCUCCGUUAAAAUAAAUGUGUGAGCGAUGAAAAGUGAACUGAACAGGAAGUGAAAU